UGAUUUUGAUUAGUUUAAUUUGAUUUUUGAUCGUUUGUAUGAAAAUAUUCCAUUUUUAGGGAUCGUAUUAUCCAGGCGUACAGUAGGUGGCGACAUGCAUAUCCACCAUUUGUUGCAAAUGCCAUUAUACCAGAGAAGAAGAACCUCUCCAAAGAAUACGCAGUUAAUUAGGUUUACGCUGCUUGGCUCAUUCACUACAUGGGCUUGCAAAACAAUAAUAUAAAAUACUAGCACUGUAUAUUUUGCCGUCGUGCAUAGCUGUCUUGUGUCUGUCCUCAGAAAAUGCAGGUCUCUAUCCUACUGAGUGCCCUUCUCAGCAUCCCUGUCUCUUUGGGCUGGAAUGAAGACUUCCAGAUAGUGUGUUCUGGACAAGAGUUCCGCCUGCCGGUCUACUCAGGGUCAAGGAUUGUGACCUUUACCCCCAGCUACCCUCCAGGACCAAGAAGAGUGCUACUGGAGAAUAACAAUUUGAAGGACCCGCGGUUUGAGUGGACCAAAGAUAGGACAUUGCUGUUGAAGGACGUCACACACGGUGACCAGGGACUCUACUCUAUCAAGCUGUCCUCUGGAUUCACAGAUGAGACCGUUCGGCUCACUGUCUCAGAAUGUAUAAAAACUUUCAGACGGGGCUAUGGGGAGACUUUUCAGCACAACAUCCCUAAAGAUGGCUCCCUGCUGGAGUUUUCACCCCGGGGCUCCCCCCCUGAUUCCCAGCCGGUGGUACUGUGGAACCGGACAGACCUCGAGACCAGUGAGGCGGGCCGGGGGAGGCUGGGGUCGGACGGGAGGGUCUGGGUGGCAGAGAGGGUGACCCAGGCAGACCAGGGAAACUACACCAUCAGAGACGAGAAUGGGAAAGUAAUCUCCCGCAGCAAACUCACUGUCAAUGGGCACACCUUCAAUGUCACCCGCUUCUUCAAGGAGUCGCUAAACCUUCCCCUGUUUCUCCCUGUCCCUCAUGUCCACCUCAUUUUUACCCCCUCCCUGCACCCGUCCAACCCCUCCAAUGUUCCCCUUGACUCCCGGUACUCCCGCCCCGUGCAGCUGAUCAGGGACGGGCAUAUCGUGGAUCAGGACUCCCGGUACUGGGGCCUCAUCUCUCUGGGGAGAAAUAGGACUGUCAACGAGGUGGUCAUCACCAGGCUGAGUGCAAAGCAUGAUGGGAUGUAUGAGAUUCGAGAUCAGGACGGCAACCUGGUGUCGUCUACUGUUCUCCAUGUGGUCGAUAAGACUGCUAGAUGGAGAGCGGUCCUCAAGUCCAUCAGCGUCCCUUCUGGCAUGUUUGUGACUUUGGCUGGUUUCAUCCUGUUUAUGAAGCGCUACCCUAACUGCAGCCUCACUAUGAUCAUCAAUGGCCUAAGAGGUCACCACACACCCGCAGCUAACCCGCCAAGAGGCAAUGUCCAGGUGACCGCUGUAGAGUGAGAGUUAUUUGUGAGCUUGGAAGGUAGAAGCAAUAUGGUGGGGUUAUUCCAGGGUUUGUGUGUGCGCAAUGCUGUGAGCCUGUUGUCAUGGUACUAUGUUAUCCAUCUAUUUCAACUGUAUGAUCUUAUCGCAUUCUGAAGUGAGUGUCAGUAAAAAUAGAUCCAGUCCUUUGCGCCAGUCUCAAUUUCCUCAGGCAUCAGUUCCUUCCAUAUUUAAAUUGGGUCAAGGGUCACAUACAGUUUAUCUGUGGAUGGUUUAUGUUUGUCUUCCUGUGUGUCUAUGCUGAAUAUACAACUCAAAAUUAGGAAUGUGUUCCUAAUGUUUGGUAUACUCAGUGUAGUGGUUGUGAUAUUUACAUAGUUGUUUUAUUUAUGUCGCCUGCAGGACUACAGUCCGCCCAGCCCCCAGCCCUAUGGUUUUUACGGUCAUUCACAGCAGAUUGGAACGCCAAAAAUAUGGAGCCCCAGACCUACACAUUCUGGUUACACUCCUGUUGUGGACAGCGCACCACUUGUAGUGGACAGUGCACCACA